AUGCCAUCUUCCACGACCCACGAUAGGGCCACGACGCCGCUGGAAGGUGUCUCUAUCGCUGGCCCUGGUGUCAAGCGGUCACGGGUAGCCGAAAUUACCAAUAGGCGUCACGGUAGCAAGGGAAACACGCUUUCCUUGAACCUUGGGGAAGCUGCCCAAGACUCACCAGUGGUCCUCGAAAUCCCCCUAAACAUCGAUGCUCUGGAUCCAUCUUUUCGGCUUCCGCAGUGCUUGCGGUCUAACGGCAUCGAAGGCUGCUUGGAAGAGGACUAUCCAACAGUCAUUGACGCAAAGUAUCAGUCGCCCUUUGCGUGGUCCCUUGGUAAAAAGACGACAGUCCUCUUUGGGACCUUCUUCGCCGCAACGCUCGCGGCCUACUCCGCCGGCGCGUACGCCAUGGCCGCGGACCCCCUAACGGAGAAAUGGGACAUCUCCAGGACCAAGUUCAACCUCGGGAUCACGCUCUUCGUCCUGGGCUUCGGCUUCGCGCCGAUGAUCCUGGCGUUGAUCAGCGAGAUCUACGGCCGGUACUGGGUCUUUGUCGGGUCUGGCGCCGUCUUCUUCCUCGGCACUCUCGGCUGUGCGGUGACGCAGUCCUUUGCAGGAAUGCUGGUAUCGCGGCUCGUCACGGGAAAUGGAGCCUCCGUGUUCGCGACACUGACGGGAGGCGUCGUCGGCGACGUGUUCCACAAGGAGACUCGCAAUACGCCCAUGGCCCUGUACUCUUUGACCAUCAUGAUCGGCACUGGGCUGGGUCCCAUGAUCAGUGGAAUCAUCGUUGAUAACCUUGAUUGGAGAUGGAUAUUUUACCUGCAGAUGAUCACAGUAGGGUCGACCACGCUGGCGAUCUUUUUCUUCUUCGACGAGACGCGGAGCAACGUUGUUCUGCGGAGGAAGUGCACAGCGCUAAACAUUCACUUUGAAAACAUUGACCUGCAGCGUGUUGCUCCCCAGGGCAAUGUUGAGGAGGCUUUGCUCAAGCGAGACGUCAGGCCUCCAUUGGCGGGCCAUUCUCAAAUCGUUCGAAUCAUGUUUCAGGCACACAUUGAAGGUCCAAAACUAGACAUGAGCAUCAUCUGGCGAAGCUUUGCCUUCCCGCUGAAGCUGCUUUUCACCGAAUCAGUCGUGUUCUGGUUCUCGGCCUGGGUAUCCUUCGCAUGGGCGAUACUCUACAUGCAGUUCAACAGCAUCGGCCUAGCGUUCCGAUCCAUCCACGGGUUUAGCAGCACCCAGAUCGGCGGCGUCUACACGGCAGUCAUUGUCGGGUCCAUCGUGGGCGCCGUAAUCACCAUCUUCCAAGACCCCAUCUUCAGGAAGCUGAUGCCGCGGCGCAUGGCUACGCCAGAGGGCCGCCUGUAUUCCGCCUGCGUCGAGUCCUUGUUCUUGCCCAUAGGACUGUUUUGGUUCGGCUGGAGCUCGUCGCCCGACGUGCCCUGGGUCGUGCCUGCUCUCGCAAUCGUAUCUGUGACGGUCGGGAUUUUCACAGUCUACCUCGCCGUCUUCAACUAUCUCGCAGACACCUAUCACCGCUACGCCUCUUCCGCGCUCGCUGCGCAGUCCAUGUGCCGGAACAUACUGGCUGGGGUUUUCCCCUUGUUCACCAACAUCAUGUUCCAACAGCUGGGUUACGGGGUAGCAGGGAGUCUUUUGGGUGGGAUUGGCUUGCUACUCUCACUUGUGCCGUGGCUCCUGUGUAUCUAUGGAGAGAAGAUUAGGGGUCGUAGUCCUUUCGCAGGGCAGCUCAAAGCUGGUUAA